AUCCAGGUUAUGCUGACCUUAACGCCUUUGUUUUGUUGUUGACUAUGUCGCUAAAUUGAAUCCUCUUUCUUAUAAAUAUCAUUUAUUCACACAGAAAUAGCCUUUAAAACUCUUCUUAUAUCUGAACUUUGAACUCAUCAGAAUCUUGGCUACUAAAAUAAGUAGAAUUAGUCUAAUCUUUGUAUGCAAAGAUUAGAAUUAUGUUAAUUUUCAAAAUAUUUCUAGGUUUAACUUGUUAUUCAUAAAUUGUUUUAUUUAAUGAAAAUUUUACAAACGAGUCUUUUUGUGCUGCCUCCUUUGUUGUUGUCGUUUAAAGAACAUUGUUGAUAAAUAUAUACUUCAGAAAAAGGGGAAGAAAUGGAUUUUGUUGGUAAGCUCUUCCAGUUUCACAAUUGCAGAAUCUUAAGGAAUUCUUCAAUCAUAAAAGAAGAUCUUUGGAUUCGAGAUGGAAUGAUUAUAAAUCCUGAACCUGUGUUUUAUGAUGAAAAGAUUGUGGCUGACAUCAAAGUUGACUGCAAAGACUCUUUAAUUGUACCUGGAUUUAUAGAUCUACAAAUAAAUGGUGGGUUUGGUUAUGAUUUUUCAAAUCCUGAAAAGGAUGUGUCUAGCAGCAUUGAUGCUGUAUCUAAAAAUCUUCUUCAGCAUGGUGUGACCUCUUUUUGUCCCACUGUUAUAACAUCAUCUCCUGAUCAAUAUCAUAAAAUAAUACCAAAGAUAAAAACUCAAAAAGGUGGUAGACAUGGCGCAGGGAUAUUGGGUGUUCAUGUAGAAGGUCCAUUCAUUAAUAUUGAUAAGAAAGGAGCUCAUCCUGUCCAACAUAUCAGGCAUUUAGAUAAUGGUAUUGAGGAUGUCAUAAAGACAUAUGGUACUUUAGAUAACAUCCGCAUUAUUACUUUGGCACCUGAACUCGAUCCUGAUAAUAUAGUAAUCAAAGAGCUUGUUCAAAGAGGAGUCACUGUUUCAUUAGGUCACUCAGCUUGUCACCUCUCUGAAAGUGAAAAAGCAGCAAAUAAUGGGGCUUCAUUUAUAACACAUUUGUUUAAUGCGAUGCUUCCUUUCCAUCACAGAGAUCCAGGUUUGGUGGGAUUACUUGCAAGCCAUAAAAUUCUCCCUCCUAAAAAAGUAUUUUAUGGACUUAUUGCAGAUGGUAUACACACUCAUCCUGCUGCUCUUAGGAUAGCUUUUCGCACAGAUCCUAAAGGUUUGGUUUUAGUAACGGAUGCCAUAUCUGCUAUGGGAUUGAAACCAGGUACCUAUAAUUUAGGUGAUCAAGCAGUGACUGUUACCGAAGACCGUGCUGUUGUUGCCGGGACGGAUACUUUGAGUGGAAGUAUUGCUACUAUGGACUUUUGUAUUAAAUUUCUUCUAUCAGCCACUGGUUGUACCCUUGUUGAAGCCCUAGAAUGUGCCACUCUGCAUCCCUCUCAAGUACUUGGUAUUACUUCAAAGAAGGGUACCCUUGAUUUUGAUACUGAAGCUGAUUUUGUACUCUUAGAUGAACAAUUGAAUGUUCAAACAACCUAUAUAGCUGGUGAGAAAGUAUGGGGAAAAGAUUUUCUUACAAAAUAAGAUUUGUAAAGGAAUAUAUAUAUACAGUGGAAUCCCAGUUUUAAAUUGUUCAUAUUGUAUGUUAUCUUGCUUCCUGCGUCAUUUUCUGUUGGUUCGUGGAAAUUGCCGAUACUGUUAAUGUUAUUAUUCCUGAUCUUACGUUACCCCUUUAAAAAAAUUCCCAUUUUAUUCAUUAAGAUCAAAAUUAUACUAAUCUCGCACUAACUUUUUACAAUUUCUUUCUUUUUUUUUUCUUCUUUAAAAAGUGUCUGUGAAAAGGCACUUCCUCUUUGAGUACCAAAAAUCUGGGAUGAGAGCUUAAAUUGAAAAACUUUCGAGUGGAAUUUUUUUACAAUCCAGUCAUUUAAAGAAUGUUACACUAAACAUCAGUUUAGUUAAUAAUUUCUUUUUCUUGUUUCUUGUAACCUUCAAAGUGUUAUUAAAACAAAAUUAAAUGAUCUGUAAGCUGUGAAUUUGAUUUCUGCAAAAUUGGACAGUGUCGACUAAAGUGGGUUACAAAUUGAUUUAAUAAAGCAGGCUCCUCCAUAUCCAAUGGGAAUAUAAGCCCUUGCGAGUAAAGUUUGGUGGCCGAAGAUCUUUCGAAAUCGAUAAUGCAUGUAUUAACUGCAACACACAUUCCAUUACUUUUUAAUUCUUUCAGUGUCUGAUUUAAUGCCUUCUCUAAAUGAUAGCGAGGAAAAUGACAAAGAUGAGUAAAAAAUAUUGAAGAAUAUACCCAAAAUUGAUCAAGAGUUCCAAAGCAUAAAAAUUCUGAAAUGAUAUUAUUUGCUACUCCCACAAAACUGAUAACAAUAUUUAUUUAUUUUUGAAAAGCAAAUUUGCGAACCAUAGUAAGUACUGUUUAAGAUAUUGUCAAAAUAAUAUCUAUACACGAUAAACAAGUAAAUUUUUAAAAAAAAAUUCUACUAAUUCAUAUUGUAAUUAUAAAAUUUUUAAAAAUAUGCUUUUAUGUUUUUUGGCGACUUAACAUUGUUCCGCUUCGUGCAUUUUUUAAUGCUAGUCCAGCUGAAAACUUAAAAUUGGGAGUUCCAUUGUGUGCAUAUAUAUAUUUCAGAUUUAGCUUAUAUUGUGUGUAUAGGGCAAAAUAAGAAAAUAUUGUUACCGGCCAGUGGCUAUUUUUAACUUUUUGAUUGUUGCCACUUUUUUAAACAAUUAAAAAUUCUAUAAUUAAUUUUAAGAAAUUAAAUUAUUGAAAAAAACAUGUUAAUUUUACUAGUGCAACACAUUUAUUUUGAAGCAUUUCUCAAAAUUUGAGAAGCACUACAAAGUACAAAAUUAAGAAAAAUUUGUUCCAAAUAGAUUUAUGUGAAAUUAAGUUCUUACACAUAACAUUUUUAACUGCCAAAAUUUGGGUAUUGAGUUUUUGAGCCAAUAAUGCAACAUAAAAUUUAUGUUUAUGAACAAAAAAUAAGACUUACCCCUUGCAAAAUAAAUUUGAAAUAAUUGUAAUCAUAAUGUUGAAAUCAUAUUCAUUGGAUUACUUUUGAAUAUUUUGAAGAAGAAAAAAUAUUUUAAAGUUAACUUUAUUUCAAAUGAAGCCAUUGAUAACCCAAUUCAGUCCCCCUUAAAUUUUAAAUCAGUCUUAAAUAACCUGAAUCUUCCGGAGAUAAUUACAGAUUUCUCAAGUAAUAAAUAACAUGAGAAGUUGAUAGCACAUGUUAUUGAGCACACAUGGUGCAUUUUUGGCAAGAAAGUGGCAACUAACUAAUAAAUUAUUUAUCAA